AUGGAGUAUAUAUUUAAAAAAGAGCGUCGCACGUUUGGAGCACGUGUGCAUUUCGAAGAUAAGGAUGACGUGGUUUUUAGCGAGAACUCCAAUCCGGAGCUGGUCAAGAACUACAUACUGAAGAAUCCAGUGGAACAAUUUACACAAUAUGCGGGUCAGACUUCGCUGAGUGUGGCAAACACGGAACGUGCUACAUACAAGAGCACAGGGAUAACCCAUAAUGAAGGCGGCUGGCCAAAGGAUAUCAAUAUGCACGAUCCGGAGCAGACGGUGCGCUAUAAGCGUAAAAUUGAAAAGGACGAGAAUUACAUAACGCAAGUGAUGAAUCUAACAAAGCCCAUGGAACACUAUAUUCAUCAGAAUAAUGCUGUCAACAUUUAUGAGAAUUACUUUGAGAAUAUGGAUCCGGCGCCAUUACCGGAACCGUGCAAAUCGCGUACUGUGAACGUCUAUCGUGAUCCGAAUCCUAUAAAGGUGCCUGUAAAACAUCUAUCCUGGUCACCAGAUGGUGGCAUCAAAAUGGCCGUUAGCCACUGUGAUAUGAAGUUCCAGGGCGACAAAACCGGACAACGCUGCAAUUCGUAUAUUUGGGAAGUGGAGAAUCCCAACGAACCGUUCCUUACGCUGGAGCCAAAGGUGCCGUGCGUGUGCCUCGAGUAUAAUCAAAAAGAUCCGACUAGCCUGGUCAGUGGCAUGUACAAUGGUCAAGUGGCUGCCUGGGAUACGCGACACGGAAAGCAUCCGGUGAUGAUUAGCGAACGUGAAGUCUGCCAUCGGGAUCCCGUUAAUUCGGUGCUCUGGAAUAACUCAAAGAGCGGCACCGAAUUCUUCUCCGGUGGCUCCGAUGGUCAGGUGCUCUGGUGGGAUACGCGCAAGCUCAGCGAACCCCUCGAUCGGCUGCUUAUGGAUCCCGUCAAGAGUGAUGAACAGGAUCUAUCGCGCUCCUACGGCAUUUCGGUCUUGGAAUAUGAGACUACCAUUCCAACGAGGUUCAUGGCUGGCACUGAGAUGGGCAUGCUCUUCUCCUGCAACCGCAAAGGCAAAACGCCCACGGAGAAGAUACAAAUCCGGAUGAUGUGCCACUUGGGUCCCGUUUAUGCCAUCACACGGAAUCCGGCCUUUGUGAAGAACUUUCUAACCGUGGGCGAUUGGUGUGCCCGCAUCUGGUCGGAGGAUUGUCGAGAGAGUUCCAUUAUUUGGACUAAGAGCAGCUCCUCCAUGCUGACAGACGGCGCUUGGAGCUAUACCAAGGUUUCCCAGUUCUUUAUCACUCGCAUAGACGGCGUGCUGGACACGUGGGAUCUGCUGCAGCAGCAAAAUGAGCCGGUAUUGACCGUGAAGGUCUGUGAUGAGCCCCUCUACUGCGUCCGCACUAACGAGAAUGGAAAAUUCGUUAGCUGUGGCAGCAAACUGGGCGCCACAUUCCUUAUUGAGGUUUCCGACAACAUGAUCAUGUCAUCUAAGAAUGAUAAGCCGCUCCUGACUGCGAUGUUUGAGCGAGAGAAUCGACGUGAGAAAAUCUUGGAGGCAAAGUCUAGGGAGAGCAAGCUGAAGAUUAAAGCCAAUCAUGGCCAGGAACAAGCUGACAUGACCAUGUUGAAUGGCAAGGUUAACAUGGCACCAUUUGCCAGUGCCUGCGAACAGGCUGCCUCGGAAUAUUUUGCCGCCGUGGAACAGGAACGUCUACGAAGGCUGCCCGGAGGCAAGCGUAGAGGAUGUGGAGGAGGUUGAUGUGUCGGAAGCGGAAAGCUCAAAAUUAUAGAUUUGAAAUUGUUUAUUACGUUGUAUGCACUGUUAAAUUCUAAA